AUGAGGGCGAGAAUGAGAUCCAACGGACGGGGGGUGCUGUCUAAAGUCCCCUCCAAGGAAGACGAGACCAGCCCAUUCACACCACAGCACCCCUCGAGUCAUCGACAGUGGACCAACGGACAAGGGUUUUAUGCUGCACACUUGGCGUUUGGUGGCAUCUUCAGGUCCAACUGGCUUGUCGACCCUUCCACGGGCAGCUACACGGCGUCCAUUCCAUCUCCGACAGGAAUCCCCGCGGAUCCGGAACUGACAGCUCACGGCGUCGACCAGGCUAGGGAGCUGGGCGCCCAUCUCCUGACUGUCGACCCUCCAAUCGAGGCCGUCUAUUCCAGCCCCUACUACCGCUGCCUGCAGACCAUCGCGCCGUUCGUCGCCCUCAAGCAGGAACGCCUCAACCGCCUCCGGGAACAGGACGAUGGCGCUAACGCCGCCGCUGUCACUAUCCGCCCCGAGCAUGGCCUCUGUGAGUGGUAUGGCGCUGCCCCGUUUGAGCACCCGACUCCGGCCUCGUCCGACGUGCUCAAGUCCAUGUUCCCUCACCUCGAUGACACGUACCAGAGCGCCGUGGUUCCCGCCCGCAACGGCGAGACCAUUGCUCAAUUGCACGACCGUGUGGCUGCCGGCGUCCAAGCCAUCAUUGAGCAAUGCGACGCCGAGGGCAAACGCGCCGUCGUCUUGUGCUCGCAUGCCGCCUCAAUCAUUGCCCUUGGACGAGUCCUUACCGGCGUCAUGCCCGAGAGUAUCGACGCGGAAGACUUCCGAGCCUUCACCUGCGGCCUGAGUGUGUACCGGAGAAGAGCGCAUUCUUCCUCGGCACAGACCCCAGGAAUACCAGGUAGGAUUCGCAUCCCUACGUCAUCAGCAUAA